AUGAACAACUCUGUGCCUCUUUUACCUCCUUCGUGGCCUAUAACUGUUUAUUAUAUAACUUCAGCAAUCACACUUCCCAUAUAUUUUUUGGUUUUCACGUGCCUUUUUCGUCUUCGAUGUAUCUCAAAAACCUAUAAUACAACAUUUUAUACACUUUUACUACAGCACUGUAUCGCUGAUCUCCUCGCAAUGAUGAUGUAUUUUGUGAUAAUUGCUGCUCGUGCAAUUCCAAUUAUUCGAGAGUUUUAUUUCAACUAUCAGGAUUAUUAUAUUGCAGCCGCUGCCUACAACCAUAUUUACUAUACUCUAUACAUUCGAUGUUCUGGAAUAGUUUUCUUAUCUUUUCAAAGAUAUCAAGUAAUCACACAUCCACAUUCACCAUUGACUAAUAAAAUUCAAACCCUAUCCAAAUUUAAAUUAAUAUCAAUUUACUGGCUAGUUCCAACAAUCAUUAGCCUAGUUGUUCUGAAGGAUAUUAAUUUUCAUUAUGAUAAUAUUGUUGUAAUGACAGUUGUUGCAGAAAAAUCAGUUAUUCAGAGAAAUACGUUGAUGGCUCUGAUAGUGGUUGGCUUAACAUGUGCGUUGUGCUCAAUUUCAUACGGAGCACUAUUCUUGUUUAUUAGAAAGCAUUCCAACCGUAUAUCAAAAUCGCUCAGUCGAGAGAUCCAUUUGGCAGUUCAAGUGUUCAUUUUGCUGUUGGCAUUCUUUGCUAUUCUGGUGUAUUACUCAUUUCAAAAUUAUUUCUCACAAACUCAAAAUACCGGACCAAUUUACUACAUGCGUGGAAUGUACCCAAUGGCAAAUGGUUUCCUUUCCUACAUAAAUCCGUUUUGUAUUUUGAUUUUAAACAGAGAUCUAACGAAACAAGUAAUACGAUCAGUUUCGUGUCAACGAUUUGCAGUGAGCGAAGUACAAUUAUCUGGAAAUGUGUCGGUUUCAACAAGACAACAAAGGCGGCAUUUGGCUGGAAAUCAAGUGACUUUCUAA